UGCGCACAGUGAAAACCUUAGACACGUUAGCAGCCUGUGAGCUUCAAGGACCUCCGACGCUCUCAGGAGUAGUUACACGAAUCCUGGUGCAGGCAACAAAAACGACAGGAUAAUACAUAAAAAUAUAUAUAUCUACAGGUGCAGGAGAGCCCUGGGGUGAGGAGCACCUACAAUGCUGAACCCGGCCAACGGUGACCCGGGACAUGUUGUCGUCAAUUAUGUGGAGGAGUAUUUGGAUCUGGUGGAGUCACUGCCCUUUGACCUCCAGAGAAGCGUAUCCCUCAUGAAAGAAAUUGAUGCCAAGUAUCAAGAUAUUCUGAAGGAGCUGGAUGACGCAUACGAGCGUUAUCGCCGUGAAUCAGACUCACUACAGAGGCGCAAGCUCCAGCUAUCUAUUCAGAGAGCGCUGAUCCGAAGUCAGGAGCUGGGAGAUGAAAAAAUCCAGAUUGCUGGUCAAAUGGUGGAGUUGGUUGAAAACCGAACCCGACAGAUAGAUUGGCAUUCUGAGCUUCUUCUAUCUUCUCAAGAAACCCCAGAGAGCCAUGUGCCCAUUGCAGCGUCCAUACCCACCUCUGCAGCAUCCUUAAUGUCCUCCUCAUCAGCAGCGGUCACUCCCGGCAAACCGGGCCACCACGAUAAGAAGCGCGAGGAGUUCACCCCAGGCUCGGGUGGAGGGGACAAAAGUGGAGGGAAACGCUCCAGGCGUCAGAAAAAUGGAGAAAACCGCGAGAGCUACAGCGGUCUGGAUCAUGCUGAAGAAGUGGGGGCGUCCCGGGAGAAGAAGGCCAAAACGUCCUCCAAGAAGAAGAAGAAGUCAAAAGGAAAGUCGGAGAGGGAGGUGUCUCCUCCAGACCUGCCCAUAGAUCCAGACGAGCCCACGUACUGCCUCUGUGAGCAGGUGUCCUACGGCGAGAUGAUCGGCUGCGACAACGACGAGUGUCCCAUCGAGUGGUUUCAUUUCUCCUGUGUGGGGCUGCAUCAUAAGCCGAAGGGCAAGUGGUACUGCCCCAAGUGUAGAGGAGAGAAUGAAAAGACCAUGGACAAGGCCCUGGAGAGGGCCAAGAAGGAGAGGGCUUACAACAGGUAGCUUGCUCUGCCCUCUCAACGAACACUUUUCAUGUAAAAACGUGCGUCGGUUUUGAAAAGCAGUGUGUUGGAUUGAUAUGAGGUAUCUUGCUAAAAAACAAAGUUUUUUUAAGUGCCGUAUAGCCGAGAAACAAGAUUUUCCUCCAUCUGCUGGUAGUGUUUGUGCAGACUAGACACAGUGCUGAACAGGACCACGUGCAUGUUUGUAAAGAGCUGUUGUGCACCUACAUCUGUCUUUGUCUCCCUCGUGCAUGCAUCAUCACGUGCUGAGCUAUAGCCACCCAUCUAACGAGUAAAAAUACCAAACAUGAGAGGGCUUUUGUAUGCAAAACAUAAGUAGGUCACUCUUUCUUCUAAGUAGACAGCAAAAUAUAAUUUUACCUGUUGGAAGGGAGCCCAUGCUGCUUAGAAUGAUCCCCUAAAAUAAGAUCGGCUGGGUUAAGAAAAGUAGCUUUUAUAUCCUGGGUAGAUGUUUUGCCUUUGGGAGAAAAGUUGAAUCUGUAAACAGAAAGGUGUUACCUGUUGGUGGUGAUAGGGCUACAAAAGUAAGAGUCCAUUAAGAUUCCAAAGUAAUAAUAAAAGAAAGAGUAUCAAGACAUUCAAACAAACCCUAAAGGUCAAUGAUGUUCGUCAUUUCUAGUUGAAUAAAACCUUGUAAGCCUUGUAAGGAUGACUUUGCCUUUGUUUA